CCGAGGGAGCGGCGCCGCAGCCAGGAGCGGCGGGUGGGACUACCAUGGCUACGGGAGUCUUGCCGCAAAAUGAACAACCAUAUGCCACUUUGGUGAAUAACAGGGGGUAUGCUGCAAACAUGAAAGGAAAUUCAGGGCGUCCAACACCAAAGUAUACAAAAGUUGGAGAGCGUUUACGGCAUGUCAUUCCUGGACACGUGGCCUGCUCCAUGGCAUGUGGUGGCAGAGCAUGCAAGUAUGAAAAUCCAGCCCGCUGGAGUGAGCAGGAGCAAGCCAUUAAGGGGGUCUACUCAUCCUGGGUCACUGAUAAAAUCCUGGCCAUGGCUCGCCCAUCCACGGAACUCCUCGAGAAGUACUGCAUCAUCGAGCAGUUCCGGAGCCGUGGUAUAAAAACAGUGAUCAACCUGCAGCGCCCUGGUGAGCAUGCCAGCUGUGGGAACCCUCUGGAACAAGAAAGUGGCUUCACGUACCUUCCCGAAGCUUUCAUGGAGGCUGGCAUUUAUUUCUACAAUUUCGGAUGGAAAGAUUAUGGUGUAGCGUCCCUUACCACCAUCUUAGAUAUGGUGAAGGUGAUGACAUUUGCCUUACAAGAAGGAAAAGUAGCUAUCCAUUGUCAUGCAGGGCUUGGUCGAACAGGUGUUUUAAUAGCAUGUUAUUUAGUUUUUGCAACAAGAAUGACUGCUGACCAAGCAAUUAUUUUUGUUCGGGCAAAGCGACCCAAUUCCAUACAAACUCGAGGACAGCUACUAUGUGUAAGGGAAUUUACUCAGUUUCUGAUUCCUCUUCACAAUGUAUUCUCUUGCUGUGACCCCAAAGCACAUGCUGUCACCUUAGCACAGUAUCUCAUUCGCCAGCGGCAUCUGCUUCAUGGUUAUGAGGCACGACUCCUGAAACACGUGCCAAAAAUUAUCCACCUAGUUUGCCAAUUGCUGGUGGACUUAGCUGAGAACAGGCCAAUGGUGACAGAAGAAGUGGCAGAAGUCCCCGGCCUCUCUGCUGAAAUUAAGACCGUUUCUGAGAUGGUCACAAUGCAGCUGGGUAAAGAGUUACUGAGGCACGACAGUGACGCAUCGGACUCGCUCACCCCCACUGCAGUGAUGGCCAGUUUUGAGAAUCAGGAGGUGAUUCUUUCCAGUGAACAAGAGUUUGACCCUCUUUGGAAGAGGCGGAAUGUUGAGUGCCUUCAGCCCCUGACUUGUCUGAAAAGGCGGCUCAGCUACAGUGACUCAGAUUUAAAGAGGGCUGAGUCACUGCUGGAGCAAGGAGGGACUCCAUGGACGGUGCCUGCCCAGGUCUUGCUCUGCCAUAACCCCAGGCAGCAGAAGCCCCUAAGCCAUUGCCACGCCCCACAGUCGCCACAACCAGAUUUAAAUAAGGAAACACUGGUCCGCAAUACAUUUUCUUUCUGGAAUCAGGCUAAAUUUGAAGGCCUGGAAGGACUCAAAGAUGACAGGUCACCAGUUUUCCAUAGGACGAAUAUUCCGAAGGAAGUACAGCGGAGUAGAACCUUCUCUUCAGGUGUUUCAGGUUCAUACAGCCUUGGGGAACCAGUUUCACCCAGCUUUGCAAAUAUCCCUAAGGAACUAAACCGCUCUCCCCAGCAGGUGCCCCACUGUGGAUGUGCAAGUCCUGGUGGUUGCCACCCAGGCUCCGUCACGGAAGAUGGUGAGACUCGCUGCAGCCCUGUGGACUGUGGCUCCCAUCCCAAAGCACAGGCCUCGGUUGGACCUGAAACCCAGGACAGCAAAGAUCUGUUUGAAGUCGCUCCACACACUGCUUUGCAGUCUGAAUUGAGUGUCGAAGCAAGGAGAAUACUGGCAGCCAAAGCCCUGGCAAAUUUAAAUGAGUUUGCAGAAAAGGAGGAAGUGACAAGGAAGGUAGAAAUGUGGCAGAAAGAACUAAAUUCCCGAGAUGCAGCUUGGGAAAGAAUAUGUGGCGAAAGGGAUCCUUUCAUCCUGUGCAGUCUGAUGUGGUCUUGGGUGGAGCAGCUGAAGGAGCCUGUGAUAAGCAAAGAGGACGUGGACAUGUUGGUUGGCAGACACGCAGAUGCCGCAGAAGCACUGUUGUUGUUGGAGAAGAGCCAGCACCAGACUAUCCUUUGCGUGUUGCAUUGCGUAGUGAGCCUGCAGACGAUUCCCGCGGACGUGGAGGAGGCCAUCCUUGCCCGUGCCAUCAAAGCUUUCACUAAGGUUAAUUUAGAUUCUGAAAACGGGCCUGUAGUUUACAACACCCUGAAGAAAAUAUUUAAGCACACACUGGAAGAAAAAAGAAAAAUGACUGAAGACAACCCUAAGCCUGAUGUUUAGUGAAGCUGGCUUUCCCUUGUGGUGAAUGUUUCAGACCUGGAGAUCCAGACGGCAUUUCUGCGCAUAGGUGAACAGGUUGACGUGUGGAGCUGCUUCGUCUCGUAGCACUUUAUUUCAGAUGCUCUUGGUUUGUGCUGAGAAUGCAUGUUCCUGUUUAGAGGAAUUAUUUAUUUAAAAAUAUCCUUGAGUUACAUUUUUGUGUUGAAAAAUUGCCAUCAAGUUGGUGCCAUUUUUCUUUUAUUUAUUUACCUGAAUUAAUAUUGUUGUAUUAAUGUUUUAAGUAUGUGGUGUUUACAUCCUUAUUCUUUCUGACAUUUUGGAGAAAAUUGUAGCUCUUCUUUCCAAAACAGUUAUUUUGUUGACUGAACUCUUCCUAGAGUUUUUACCAAAUAGAUAAUUUUAGCAGUAAAGCUUCACUGUGUAUCCAUCCCCCUGAUACAUGACCUAAGGAAGUCA